AUGACUAUCUUGCAGCAUAUGUGCUCUCAGGAUGACCCUGACAAUGACACCAGGAGGCCAAGGCCCGCAAGAAUAGUCAAGUCCAGACCAAGCACGAAAGGAAAAGAGCCCGCCGUGGCGCAAGCGAGCGGACACGAGCCAGAACCCAGCCAGGAACCCAAGACUGCCGACUCCAAGUCCAUCGGGGAGCUCUUCUCGCCGACUCGGCCCACCUUGAGGGCUCGGCUGUCGUCGUGGUCCAUUCGGCAGAAGGCUCAGGCGCCCACUGCCGAAGCCAUUCCAGACAUGACCAAUAACAGACUGCUCCGCGUGCGCUCCUCCGAGCCCAUCCGCCGCCCUCCCACCCCGGCACACGACCCAGCGGCUGGGCCGGAGGUGAGGCCCACCCUGAGGACUCGCUUCUCUGCCUGGUCCCUUCACCAGAGGACUGGGGAGGGUCUUGCUGUCUUGCAAAGAGUCUCCCCGUCGUACCAGGCUUUCUUCCCGUCCGGCAGACUGGUUGUGGGAGAGAGAUGA